GGGGUAGGUGCAUAGAUGCUCGUGCAAUGUGAAUAUUUGUCAAUACAUUGAUCCAAAAAAAGGUGGGGAGGUUAAAUACAUGAAUCUCCCACUUAGGAGCCCCAUAGGAUGGUGAGGAGGUUAAUCACGGUGACUCAGUCAGCAAAGUCGCAGUAGAUCCAUACACCCGUGCGCACCAGAGACUCAGUCUUAUUUCAGGUUGUGUGACCUCCACUCGAUCGUUGCGGAGAUUCGAACCUUGGUUCAUUGAUCCAAAUCUCCCACCACUUGACCAAGUGAGCUACCCAUGUGGCCAUGUGGGUGUAUAUUUGUGAAUACAAAAAUGCUUACUACACUUUUUUGGGGUUAUGGGUGUUUGAGUGUUUUUCUUUUAGUUUUUUUUGGAAGAUUUUUUUUUAAAAAGUUGAUACGUGUAUCCGUCAGGAUACGAAUAUUCGAAAUUUUAAAAUAAUUACCAAAAAAUGAAAACUUUUGAAAAUUGCAUAUACGGUCCGGGAACGUACGGUACGAGUAUCCUAAAGUAUCGGAUACGGGAACAUUUUCGAUACGCCGAUAAAACACCCUAGUGAAGUAUCCGUGCUUCAUAGCUAAGAACCAUUGUAUGACAUAAAAGAAGUUUACUAAGAGCCCGUUUGGAGAACUCUGUUUUCGGCUUAUCAGGCUUAUCAGCCAGCUUUUUCACCAAACACGUAACUUUUACUUUCGCGCGCUGAAUUGUGUAAUAAGCCGAAAAAGUAAGGUUGGAGUUACUUUUCUGGCUGUAUUGGCUGAAGUUACUGUAGAGGACCAUUUUAGCUAUUUUUACAUAUAAUUUUUUCUUUAAUUUAUUAAUAAAAUAUAUUUUUAAAAUAUUUUUUUCUUAAAUCAGCAGAAUCAGCCAAAACAGCCACUCCAGCCAGAAUAUCAUAAAUUUCAGCAGAAUCAGCCAAAACAGCCGAUUUUGGUGCUACCAAACGGGCUCUAAGUAGACAUUUAUCUAAAAAAGUUGUUUACUUAACUUUUGUUAAUAAGUUGACAGUAAAACUAAGAGGUGAACAUCUAAUCUAAAAACAUUAUAAUUGUGAAUGUGAGUUAGUAUCCUUGAAUUAUGUCCAUCUAUUAUAAAGCAUAUGAGGUUGUACACUUUUAUUAAAUCAUUGUACUUAUUUUUUCAAUGGAUUUUAAAUACCCCUUGUCCGUUAACUUUAAGAAGCGCCGUUUAAUUCGUGGGUAGAGUUAAACAAUGUCUAACUCGUCUGCAACGAUCAUUCAUAAACAGGAGGUAAAGUUUAUUGAAUUAUUGAUGAGCAAUUAAUAUUUAGUCCUUUCACGUUAAAAAAAAAUAGUCCUUUCAAUGUCAUUUAAAUAUUUUUUUAUUCUAAUUAUCGUGAUUUUGUUUUUGAGAGUUGUAGUGAUUUACCUAAUCCAAUUCUCCAAUUCCAAAAUCAAAUUAUCUACAUGUAUUUGAAAGGUUGACUAAACAUAAAGCAAUACUCCCUAUAACACACAUACACGUUUUUAGAAAAUGGGAACUUCUUAAGCUCGUUGGUAACACUAAAAUUUGUUGAAACGAACGAUCCUGCUAAAAUUUAUGAAGUUCUUUUUUUUGUUUAGGAACAAAAUUUUAUGAAGUUCUAGCUAAAGUGGUUGGAUUGACAUAUUUUGUUGAUUUAAGAAAAAAUUAUAUUUUUAAAAAUAUUUUAUGAGUAAAAUAAAGAAACAAAAUAUGAGAAAUAGCUAAAAUCGUCAUUUAUUAUAUUAACUUCAACCAUAAAAGAAAUUUCUACUUAACUUAUUCUGAAUUUGACAUAAUUCAACGCGCGAAAUAAAAAAUUAUGUGUAUGAUGAAAAAGUUGACUGAUAAGGGUGAUAAGCCAAAAAAUAAGAUCACCAAAUGAGCUCUUUAUGUUUGAGCAAAGUGCCACAUUGUUAGCAGCUUAUAAUUAUCUAAUUUUCCACUACAUAAUUAUGUGCUCGUUCUAAUUUACUUGAUGAGAAUGAUUAUUCUUUUACACCUUUAUGUGUUUGCUUUCAUAAUCCUCGUACUGGAUAAUUAUAGUGCAUUAUUUUUUAUAUGCUUCUUUUUCGAAGUAUCAUUAAUCUUAUGUGAUUAAUGCUUUUAUAAGCAUUUUAUUUAGUCUCUCAUGCUUUGCUUUUUAGUCAACAAAGAAGUCAAUUUCUUAAUUAAACAUGAACCUAUUAUUGAGUCAUAUAUCAAGUACUAGCGAUUACUCGCACAAGGCGCGAGAGUGUUUGCGCAAUAUUAAAAUAGUGUUUUCUUUUAUAAAAAAGUGUUAUAUUCAAACUGUUAUGAGAGUUUUGUAAAUAGUUAAUGAAAUUUUACAUAUCAUAUACAGUAUUACGUAUAUUUUAAAAGUUGUCAGAAUAAUUAUAUUCCAUGUCAAUCAAUUAUUGUGUGGAAAAUAUGGUUCAUCAUUAAUCAAUAUUUUAGAAAUACAUUAAGAAUUUUGAGAUAAAUAUAAUCCAAAUGCAUAUAGUUGUGCACAAACCAGUUUUAUGAGCAAUAAAUAUUUCACAUUCCUUACAAGGUUGUAAUAAUAUGUGUUCGAAGUAAUAAAAGAUUACAUUUAAGUCAUGUAUUUAGCUAUGUAACAUCAACCUUUGAUAGAAAAAAUUGUGUAUGUUAGUACACAGGUGAAACAUUUCUUAUAUUGAACUAUACAAAAAUGAUCCUGUCCGAACGUUCGGACAGGAUCCUCCGUCCGAACAUCCCCGUUUGGGGUCCUUCCCGGUGGAAUUUUUUGAUGAAAUGUUUUGACCGUGUUCCUAAUCAAGUCUAGUUUGUCCAUACCAAAUUUCAGCUCAAAAUUCGAUCUGGAAGACAUUCAAAUAAUUUUUUGAAGUUGACUGCGUUUUUAUAUGUAUAUUUUGACGCAGUCAACUUCCAAAAAUGAUUUGAAUGCCUUCCCGAUCGAAUUUUUAGCUGAAAUUUGGUAUGGACAAACUAGACUUGAUGAGGAAUAUUCUCAAAAAAUUUCAUCAAAAAAUUCCACCGGGAAGGGCCCCAAACGUCCAUGUUCGGACGGUGUUCGGACCAGGAAUGUUCAGACCUGAACAUUCCUCUUGAACUAUACUCCGUAAUUGUAACAAUAUAUUCAGGGGCGUGGUUAGGGAGGGGCCAACCCUGGCCCUGGCCCAACCCAAAUUUAAAAAACGUCUGUAUUUUUAGUGUAAAAUAUUCCGUAUAAAAAUGUUCUAAAAAAAAUCUCUGUACCGGUUCAAUCUUGCCCAGUGUCUUGGCUCGAAUAUAUUUUUUCCAAAAAUAACUAUAAUUAUAAGUAUGACUAGAUAGGCGGGUGUUAAAUGAACGGAUAAUUGUAAGUAUGGCCUGAUGGCUAUAUAGCUCCUAAUGCCACCUUUUAUAUAUAGGUGUUACUAAUGCAUGGCCACAUAGGCAUGGGCUUCGCCGUUUAGGAACCAAGUAUAGCUAGUUAAUGUUAAAUGAGAUAGAUAAGACAUAAAAUUGAGUUAACGGGAGUUAAUUGAAACUAACGGGACCGUAAGGAUAAAGUAGCCAAAUGAAAAAAUAGGGUUCUACCUUCUAUUAACAAUGUACAACAUCUUAUGCACUAAGUGUGUUGACACAAUUCAGGGGUACCAACCCCCAUUCAUAAUUAUAUUGUUGUUAGAUGUUAGAUAAUCAAAAUGUUUUUAAUCUUACAGUAUUAUUUUGAGAAUGUUUUUAAAUUUAGUUUCUUGAAGUGUGAAAUUUAAUCUUACAUAGUAAUGUGGCCAAUACACGAGGGAGACACAUUUAUUAAGAAAAAUGAGUUUAUGUGGUUGAUAUUGAAUUGAUAAAGUAAGAAUAAAGUAAAAAAGAUUGAUAGCUACACAAAUUUUAUCAAAUUUGGUAUGAGACAAUUUUAGUGGAUUUUUUCAAAAAAAAAUAUGAGACAAUCUUAGCAGCACAGAAGGAGUAUAUAAUAAUUUACAUUAAAAAAACUACUCUGGCUACAAUUGUUUCAUGCCAUACGCUCAUCAAAAUCUCAUACAUAAUAGGACUUCUCUUACAUUAGUAGAGUAGCUACUUAUUGGAGGAAAUUUUACUUUAGCAUUGGGCAUAUGAUAUCGCGCAAUCGCUAGUGUUCUUAAUAUUUGUUAAAUUAACCUCUUUUUCCUCUAUCCGUUCUUUUUCUUUACUUUAUUUUUAAACUAGUAUAGUAAUCGUGUAUACGUAUAACAUAUUCUUGUGUUUAUGUUCUGUUUAAAAGUAAAAAUAAAUUAAAUUUGAAAAUGUCACAUUGUUGAAAAAAGUGAGUACAAUAAAUUGUACCAUAAAGUGUAAGUAAAGAGAAUAAAUAUUAGAAUAAAUAUUAAAAGUAAAAGAAUACAUGCAUAGUAUUCGUUAAGAAUAAGUGGCAUCAUCAAUUAGAAUUUGCUACUUGAUGUUUUUACUUGGACGGUAGUUCUAGAUCGAAUCAGACCAUAUCAGAUCGACAGAUCAGAUCCGACUAGACUUGGAUAGUUAUAAAGUUCACAAAAAAUCUCAUUUUUAGUGAAAAAAUGUGUUUAGUUUUAACCAUUUCUUUAUAUGUAUGAUCAUAGAGUGAGAGAAUCUUGGGCUGUUAUCUCGUUUCACGCCAUUAUUAUCAAGAGGAUCGGCUAAAUCCCUCAAAUUUAGAAAAUCCUCCAUCCGAGACUUCCACAUAUUGUAAUUUGUAGAAGUGAGUGCAAUCAUGGUGUCCGAUGAUGAUUUAUCCAUAACAAAACACUCAAAAUAUCUCGUACCUUAUUUUCGGAGCCGAAUUUGGACAAACAGAGCUCACCGUUGGAUCCAGAAUGGCCGAAAAUGGUAGGAAGCGGUCUAACCUCGUCCAAAACCGGUCUGGAAAUGGGUGAACUGGCCUCGCUGACGACGAACCAGUUCGGUCCGGUUCAGGCAGCAGCCCAACCUGCAGCCCAGCAGGCGGAUGACGUGGCUCUGCUCCCUCGCUGACGUGGUUCACAGCGGACGACUCGGGUGGAUGACGUGGCAGCUGACUCGGCACGACGUGGCGAUGACGUGGCCCAACGUGGCGAUGACGUGGCAGCUGACAUGGAUCAUCUUCUUCCUCUGGACUGCGUGAUGACGCAGGCAGUUUUCAGGCGGCGUUUGGGCGGCGCGUACGGCCUCUUCCGGUGGCCAAAAAGAUCCCCAAAAAUACCAAAUUUCUCGUCUCGACGAGACGAAUCUAACGGUAUGAUCAGAUCGUGAUUCCGAGCAACUUCAAAAAUCACGAUUUUCUAACCUGUAGAAAUUUAUCUGAAAAUGAGAAAACAGUGUAUGGAAACUCAACCUCGCUCUGAUACCACUUGUUGGGAUUGGAAAAUUCUUCUAUUCAAUAUCAAGAACAGAAUUACAAUAGGAGAAGCAAACUCUCACACUCUACUAUUACAAAAAAACCAAUCCUCACCAAUACACUUCUACUCUAAGUGUAUUUCACUUUUCACACACUUUUCUCACUUUCUAAAACUGAUGAUAAUGAACAAUAUGGAGCACUCAAUUUAUAGGGCUGAUUUGGAGACAAAAGGUAAUGCUUCCAUCUUCCAUGAAGGUGUGAGAUGCCUCUUGACAACUUCCAAGAAAGAGGGUGGAAACUCCCUACACUUCAUCUGUUUGAUAUUCGUCACCGGUGCUAAGAAAAUCCCAGGUACAGUUUCGGACCCUAGUAUCAUGUUUAUUGAUUUUUACAAAUCUGAAUAUGUGUGAAAGGAAGAGGACCCUGUACGUGUGUGUAUUAUACGUAGUAUGUGUUAUUGAGGCUUCAAUGGCUAGAUAACACAGUGUGUAGCGGGUUCCGAGUUUGAAUAGGAUACAAUAACUUACUUAAUACUUUAAAGUAAAUUUAAUAGAACUACUACGUGCAUUUAACUAAAUAAAAUUAACGUUAUUUAGAAGAAAAAAUUAAGUAUUUCAAUUUGAAAUGCAAAUCGACUUGGAGGAAUUCUUUUAAUCUAUUCAAGAAUUUCUAUUUUGAAUAGUACUUGUUGUUAUAUAUCCUAUCAUAUGGAAUGUUUUUCAAUUUUUUGUGAAAAAUGCACACAGAAACAACCACCCAAAAUUGAAGGUUUUGUUGAAUUUGUGGAAGUUUAAUUUUUAAAUAAAUAGACCUAUUUUCUUUUUAAGCUAUGUCCAGUUAAAAAUUCUCAGGAUAACAAUGGAAACAAAGAACUAAACCUUGGACGAUUGUAGGUUUGUUUUUCUGGUCAGGCGUCCUAAUUCACAAAUUUCUGUACCCACUAAGCUAUUAUGGCUGAAGAAGCAUCUCAACAGUAAACAUUUUUAUAAAUAUAUGUUUGAUGACUCACAUGUAAUGGAUGCCAGAGAUCCUGGAUUUAUCUCAUCAUUUCUUAGUUGACUCACAUGUAAUGUAGUUGACGACAUAUGUAUAUGUUGUUAAAUUAGAUAGUUGCAAUUUUCAGGAAGAAAGAAGGGCAAAUGAGAGAACCAUUAAGACACAACAUUGAAUACAUCUGGAGAAAUAUUCAACUUUUUGUUGUAUAUUUCAUCCACCCGGCUCAACUAUUUCCUUCUCUGCUUAGAUCCAAAAAUAUGGCCUUCCACUUCUGCUUCCUAAGAAGCUCAAAAGUGAAAGAAAUAUAGAGAAGAAAUAUAAGGAUCGAUUUUGAGUGGUUUUCUAUUGGAAAUUUUGGAAUGAUUUCCCUGAUAUUUAUAGGGAAAUAAUGAUGAGCUGUUUUUUUUUUCUUUUUUUAUAUUUUUUAAUUUUAAUUUUUUCAUACAAAUUUUGUGUACACCUUUUCGAAGGAAGAGUGUGAUGGGAUUUAAAUGCAC